AACAUUUUUCUUUUCAAAUAUUUAUUAACAAGAAUAAAUUCAAUCGGCUAAGAAGAAUCCGUUACAAAACAACUUCAACAAUUGCAUCUUCAUUUUCUUGUAUGUCGUUGUUGUUGAGAUCGGUGAUGUUGUUUUUGUCAUCCACGACGACAGAAUCGUUGCUAUAGUCGAUAUCCUCAUCCAGUUCAAUGCCUUGGAUAUCGUCAAAGUAUCCGCCUUGACUUUGCAGAUCACGGUAAUCCCAUUCAGGCUUGGUGUACGAAUGUUCGUCGCGAAUGCAUCUCUCACGUUUCUUCGAUUCCUCCAGUGUUGGUAUAAUAGAGUCCAGGGAGUAUGGAUCUCCAACGAAGAAACUUUCUAGAUCGAGAUCGAUAUUGCCGUCGCAGUUUUCGAGCAUAGCUUCUGAUGUGAAGUUCAUGGUACGAAGAUAUUCAAAUUUCGCUUAUCCCGACUUUAUAUAGCGUAGAAGAUUGCUACACCUCUUUUUUACUCGAAAAACAAAAAUAAAGUAAACUACGUCCUGUUUGUUAUCUUUCAAAAAUAAUGUGUGGUAAUUGAAGACAGGAAACGUCUGCAAAGCUUCCUGGAGUUUGUUCAAGUAAAUAAAACGAAAAAAAAAUAGAGGGAGAGGGGUAUGAUGGAGAGGAUUUUUCGGUGUCUACGAUUGGAUGCAAUCUAUGGUACCGCCUCACUUGUCUUACAAAGCAAAAAAUAAAAGGAUUACUACACCCAAAAACACGUGAUCCUGUUUUUGUAUGUGAAUUACUUAAUGUAACUCUAGCACCGUAAGUAACUGUGUCUCACAUUUGAUAUAAAUAGAGCUGAUUUUUGCGAUGUUUCAGUCUGACUGGACGAAUUAUUUUUUGAAGACGUCAGCAGCAACAUGUCGCAACAGAGCCGCUUCAUGGUGCGACGUUUGGCAGCAAGAAACGAUUUCGUCUUGGCGACGAAUUUACAUUACCAGCAUCCAAACCUACUACCAACAACAAGCGUCGUUUUUAAUAGGCUGCAAUGGCUUCGGACGCAGUGUGACAUAGACACACCGUGCCACGGAACGGACGAAGACUGUUGGCUCUUAAAGCAAACCAAGAAUUUCAACUUGAUAUUACAACACGCUCAAUUAGAGAUGAAAGUUGUGUCGCCAGGACAUCUCGGCAUUUGUGAAUUAAUGAACGGACCUUAUUUUCCGCACGACAGUUUAAAAACAUUGGAUGUAUGCCUUCUCCUUCAUCGGUUGCUCGUUCGACACCACUGUAUAGGAACCUUGCAUUUAUCUAACCCAUGUGAAACGUUGUGCGGAAUGGUUGCCGAUGUGUUUCGUGUAAAAUCUGAAGGAUUGCGCGAACUCAAACUGUCUUGUUUGGACAUGACGUCCAAGACUCAAGACUCCCUCUUGAUGGGGAUUUCGAAACUCUGUUCAUUACAGAAGUUGUACAUUUCUGAUAUAAAUAUAUCGCACGAUGUCACUGAAUCUCUGCUCAAAAUGCUAAAUCGUCAGUCGCUAGUGAGUGUGUCUUUGAUUAACGUCGGAAUGACUUCCUGUCAAGCCGGAAAAUUUUUAGAAGCAAUAUGUACAAACCACCAACGGCUACAUUCUGUAUGUAUCCAUCAUACUAUAAUCGAUGAUGUUGGUUUAGUUGCUCUCGCCAAAUUAUUGGAAAAGAGUGAUUGUGUCCUACAUACGUUAUCGUUGUGUAAUAUCGUCGAGUUCACAAACACGUCCAUUUUUGCAGCAUUGCGUGUGAAUAAGAGUGUAAAAAUAUUUGAGAUGAACGGUUGUCGUUUAAGUAGAGAACUUGGAGCGCAGUUGAUGAACGCGCUUGCAUUUAACGACACCAUCGAUACAUUGAAUCUUCGUUGCUCCAAUGUAAAAACAUUUACUUCGCAUUUCGCUAAUGCCUUGUUUGUAAAUCAGACUAUUCGCAAUGUCAAUUUAGAUUACAACUUCUUUGACAUCGACGAUGUUGUGCAAAUCGCAGAAGUUUUAAAACGUAAUCGCACGCUAGAGACACUCGGUAUCGAAAGUAACAAUUUUGGUCCUAUCGGUCACUUGAUCUUAAUGACUGCCCUUGUUGAGAACAAGACUUUGACAGACCUUAAUUUAGGUUACGUAGACGCAAACGAAGAGAUUUACGAUUUUUUAAAAAAAAGCACAGUCUCUCAUCGCUUACGAUUUCCCUGCGAUUUUGAGAUCUUUGAAAUCAUUACGAGAGACAUCAGUCUUCAUAACGUAACUUCCAUCCAUGUGGAAUGUGUAGAUAGUUUUAAAUCUACACAUUUGGGCAACCUUUUUUCAGCAGUACACAGAAAUGCCGUAUGUUUGAAAACUCUUCACAUCGAGGUAGAUGCACACAUGGACUGCCAUGCAGCUUUUCAAUUGUGUAAAUUGCUAAAAAAUAUGUCUACUCUUAAACGAGCUUCAAUAAACACUUACUAUCCAUCGUCCUUAGAAUUGGUAACUAUUUUGAGCGGUCUUUGUCAAAAUCGAAGUGUAACGCAUUUUAACAUGGGAUGUAUCUACACUAAACAAAUUGUAACAAACGCAAUUGUUAAAGUGUUGAAAGAAAAUGUGACGCUAUCGUAUUUCGGUACGAUCAGUGCUCCAAAGGACGAGUUGCACAUCAUCGCUAACGGACUUCGUACGAACGUUGUGUUAACGUCUCUCGUUAUAUGUAGCGACUGUGAUUACAUGGAGCUGUUUGUGAUUAACCAACUGUUGAGACGAAAUGUAGCACUAGUGAGCGAAACUGUAAAGUUUGUCCUAAAUCCACAUGAACGCGUCAUUACUCGCUCAUUAGCCAAAGUGUUUGAAUUGUUGCAAGAGAAAGAAUCCUUUACGAAGAUGCUUGCUGAGUGUUGCGCAGAGUGUCAUGUCGAAUCUAAAACCGUGUUGAAAAAUGCACGGAAUCGCGUGACACAAAACUUCUUUGCCAUUACGGGUAUAUGUAAAGUGUUGGAGUGUCGUCCUCCACCUAGGCGACGGCGAAAGUGUCUGCAAAUCGAUGCUCUGAAUUACGAGUGUUUGUUGAAAAUUUGGUCUUAUUUAAAGGUAUCAGAUAUUGUGGUAUAACUUGUUUAUAUACAUGUUGGCCAUUGUAUAUAAUGUAAAUAUUUCUUUUACUAUUGUAAUUACUGUUUAAAAUUGUGUGAAUAUUUCAUCUGCGUUAAUAAACCUUGCAAUAUUAUAAACUGAUGUCUGAAAUCUCAAAGCACACAAGAGGCUUGGUCAAAAUAUUUUUACCUUCCCCACCACUAUGGAAAGAGGGUCGUAAAGUAUAGACCUUUUUCGCAAGGGCGCCGCCAUCUUGAAUUGUCGUCAC